UUUCACAUCCGGGCGGCUCUCUUGCUCCUCUUCAAUCGCAAUCCGCUUCCCUUCCCUGCGCUCUCGACCGGGGAGGUCUGUGGCUGCAGAAGAAACCUCCGAAUCCCGGGCCCUCCGUCGGCGUCUGGUACCGGGCCUCUGAGGCGCUGCUCCCCCCGCACAGCCGGUCGCCCAUGACGCGGGCUCCGCCGGUGGUGGUGGUGCACGGCGCCGAGCGCUCCCCGUCGGUGCGACAUCUCCGCGCUGAAGCAGCAUCGCUGGCUAACGUUAGCUAACAACAUCGAUCUCUGUGCUGCUCCACCCCCCUCUCCCUCCGGUCAACCCCGCGACCGAUCCGUCACAUCAACCGCUGAUUGAUAUCUAACACUGGACCACCGAGGCUUGCCCCCCCACUCCCCUCCUCCAACCGUCCAUCGGCUAGCGCAGGAAGCCCACCCGUUUCCUCCCCCAACGUUUCGGAUUUAGGGCCCGCAGAGAGAGUAGCCUCGGAGUUUUAACCCGUGAUAUUUAGAUCACGAGCCCCCUACCCUACUCCUCUGUGGCCUUUUCAGGGGUCCGCUUCUUCUCUACCUCAACACCCCGCUGCCUCCCCGCCCCUGUGUGUAAUCCCCUCUGCACUAUACCCCCGACUCUGAUCAGCUCGCUCCGACCUCCGCCGGCACCGGCUCUGCUGCUUCUGACAAUCCGACCAAAGAGCGCUGCUCGGCGGGCACUGACUGCGGGGAACCCCGGUGGACAUCUCUGGUUCUCUCCCACCCUGUCUCCCCAUUUUUUCUCAGUCUGGCUGCUGAAGGAAGCUAGCUGGCUGGCUUGUUCCACUUCACACCCACACAGACAGCAAACUCCGUUAUCCGUGUUACCCCUACAAUCCCCUGCAGUCCGUGAUCCACACCCCAGCACCGGCCCUCAGCGCCCGAGCCACGGGUCUCGCCAUGCCGGGUCCGGUGGCCGGUAGCAAGUCCCGUGUGUACGCAGACGUCAACACGCUGAAGAGCCGGGAGUACUGGGAUUACGAGGCCCACGUACCCAACUGGAACAACCAGGAGGACUACCAGCUGGUCCGUAAGCUGGGCAGAGGAAAAUACAGCGAAGUGUUCGAGGCCAUCAACAUCACCAACAAUGAGAAGGUGGUGGUCAAGAUCCUGAAGCCGGUCAAAAAGAAGAAGAUCAAGCGAGAGAUCAAGAUCCUGGAGAACCUGCGAGGAGGGACCAACAUCAUCCGACUGGUGGACACAGUCAAAGACCCGGUGUCCAGAACUCCAGCGCUGGUCUUUGAAUGCAUCAAUAACACAGACUUCAAGGAGUUGUACCAGAAGUUGACAGACUAUGAUAUCCGUUUUUAUAUGUAUGAACUACUGAAGGCUCUGGACUACUGUCACAGUAUGGGAAUCAUGCACCGUGACGUCAAACCCCACAAUGUGAUGAUCGACCACCAGUUGAGAAAGCUACGCCUUAUAGACUGGGGUUUGGCAGAGUUCUACCACCCUUCCCAGGAGUACAAUGUCAGAGUGGCAUCACGAUACUUCAAAGGCCCCGAACUCCUGGUGGACUAUCAGAUGUAUGAUUACAGUCUAGACAUGUGGAGCUUGGGCUGUAUGUUGGCCAGUAUGAUCUUUCAAAAAGAGCCCUUCUUCCAUGGACAAGACAACUAUGACCAGCUGGUGCGAAUUGCCAAGGUCCUGGGGACAGACGAGCUGUUUGGCUACCUGCGCAAAUAUCACAUCGAACUGGACCCGCGCUUCAAAGACCUGCUGGGACAGCAGAGCAGGAAGCGCUGGGAACAGUUUGUGCAGACGGAGAACCAGCACUUGGUGAGUCCUGAAGCUCUGGACCUGCUGGAUAAGCUGCUACGCUACGACCACCAACAGAGACUGACCGCCACAGAGGCCAUGGAGCACCCCUACUUCUACCCUGUAGUAAAGGAGCAGUCUCUGUCAAACUCUGACAACAACAUGGUUUCCAGUGGCAACACUACAGCGCGAUGAAACACAGAUGUGAAGAAGAAGGAUGUUUGUUACCUCAACUUUGUACCCAGUUGUGACAGUAACUUUGACAAGUGUACAGUGACAAUGGAUCAAAGUAACUCUGACCAGUUACACACUCACUGAUAUGUGCAUACUGAUACACACAUCUACACACAUACACACAUCAGUGCAAGCACACCUCUACGCACACACACAUGCAGACACAUAUACAUACACCCUCCUCCUCUGUAUCAGUCUGUGAUUGGCUUGUCCUGGUUCCCUGUCCAGCAGCCUGACCAAUGAGCUUGAAGCUACUCCCCCUCAUCGUUCCCUCAAACGGUCUUUUUUUCCUCCCAGCUCAGUCUCACGUAGGUCAACAAGGACAAACUACUUUUAAAGACAAUUCAAACCCCCUCUCUCCCUCUCUCCUCCCUCUCCAUCCAUCCUUCCUUUAUAUCAUCCCCUCUUUUGAUUGCAUCAGCAUGGAGAAUGAACAGGAGAGUGAGCCUGUACAAGUCCCGACCCCCUCCCAGACCCGUUCAUCCAUUCAUCCAUCCAUCCGUCUGUCUGUCUGUCUGCCCCCGCCUCCUCCCUCCCCAUCAUGUACCCCAACAGACAGACAAACGUCUUAGCACUACUCCAGUUCUGAAAGUGGCAUGGUGGACUCUCUCUAGAUAGAAUGAUGAUGAUGAUAAUAAUAAUAAUAUUAAUGAAAAAUAAAUGAUUUUUAUUUAGAUGAA